UGCGGUCACAUUGUUUGUAAAAAUUUUGCGAAGGCGCGUGAAAAUAUUCGGUGCGUUGAAAAACAGACGGAUUUAAAGAGCUGAUGUCGCUAAAGCUAAACGCAGAGGUAGUGGAAAGUGCCGGCAGAGUGUCGGUUGCAGAAGGCGUGUAAAAUUGCGCUGGAACGCAACGCGCGAAAUCAGAAAAACCGUUUGCAUCGAAAGCCCCUCCAAAGAGGUGGGAAAAUUUGGGCGCCUUUUGCGUCUGUCGCUUGGCGUUGUGAAAUUUAUAAGUUUCCCCGCAUUUUUAUCCUGUGAAGUGCUAACCGUGUGUUCUAAAGGAUUGCCAUUAAAAAGGUGGAGGCGUACAAUCGCAAAAAAAAAAAAAACAAAAUGCCUAUUUGUAAGCGGGAUGGAUUCGAGAAGGAGGGCAAAAACGAAACAUUCCACGACAACGAUGAAGUUUUCUGUUGCUACAUUACUAAACGCAUUUUCCGCGACUAUGAGAGCUACUUCCGGCACGUGAUGGUAAUCAAUUCGACUGUGUGGCAGUGCGAGGCCACCGGAAAGGAGAACCUUACGUUCGAGGAGGCGGUUAAGAGCGAGCGAGCCGCACGCAAGAAGAUGGAGCAAUUCAAGCAGAGCCUCCGGGCACCCGUGCUCCUGGUAGUGGAGCAUGCUCGCCAGUCGGCUGUUAACACUCUAAAUCUGAUGGUCGCCAAGUUCCUGCGCAAGCGCUACUUCAUUGGUGAGGAGGUGACGGUGCAGGCGAAGAAGAACACCAUCUACACUGUGGUGGGCAUCAGUUUGGAUAAAAACUUACCGGAACCGGGAAAUGGCAUCUACGAGGACACCGACAGCCUGGUCUACAGACUCCGCCCGAAUAAGGGAGAUCCCAGCUUGGAGGUUGAGCUGCCCUUCAAGCAACUGCGUCGAUCACGCACAGAGUUUAACAUGGAGAACCUGAGCAUGUUCAUUAAGAGCAACGUGACGCGCGUGGAGGGGCUCCUGCGACCUAAACCAGAGGCAUACAAGCAGUUCGUGACAGACCCCGGUGUGAGCUUCUCCACCAUCUUCAUUGGCAAAAUGCCGCGCUAUUCGCCCGCCAAGAUUAAGAAACCGGAUGCUAAGGAUGCCAAGAAGCAGUCCACUCUCAACAAGUAUAUUGUGGCUGACGAGGCGACGGCUGCCAAGUCCAAGGCAAAGGCGAAAUCCGAUGCCAAAUCGCUUGCUGAGGAAAUGGAACGUGUGAAGCGAGAAAAGGAGGCCAAGCUGAUUGAGAUGGAGAGGCAAAAGGCGGAGAAGAAAGCGCAGCUCAUGGAGCGCGUUGAAAGCGAGUGCAAUUUGUUGCUCCAGAAGACCGACGAUCUGGAGAGAACCGACCAGAAGAGGCUGCCCCGCUAUAGACAAAUAGUCACUGUGCUGCCCGAGCGACUCCUGGGUGACGCCUUCAUGGUGCGAGAGUUUAUGCACACAUACGCGGGACUCUUGUCCGGGAUCGAGGUGUUCCGCCAGAACCUCAGCUUCUACGAGAUGACCCGAGCGCUGACUACGCGAGAGAUCGCGGGUCCGCUGUCCGACAUCCUUCUCGUACUUCUCGGCACUAUUUUUGAUCUGCAGAAGGAGGAGGAGGAGGAGAGUGCAGUGUACUACCUCACUCGGUCGGCCCAGGCACACGAACCCUACAACUCUAUGAGCCAAGCCAUCAAAAGUCACAUCUACGCCAAACGCCAUUUUUCCUUUAAGGUCAAUGAACUACCGCUGGACGCGUUGACCAUAAGCGAAGUGCUGCGCUUACACCUGCUCGGAUCUGGAGCCAUCGUGAAUGAGAGGGCGGAACGAUGGAGGGUGAUGUACCGAAACGGGUAUUCCUCGAGGGAAGAUCCUGGGCUGGAGCUGCGCCUGCACCACCCGCACAUCCUGCGCUCCCUAAAAACACAUUCCAUAUAUCAGCUUAAGUUCAGGGAUAUAGUGCACUUGAUUCGGUGCCUAAUGUCCCAGAUUCUUACUUACUCGGGCACCAUUAAUUUGAUUGAGGAGCGCAUGGAGCAGACGGCAAAGGCCAAGCAGGAUCUGCGAGCCCUAGUCGUCGCGGAAAAUAGGCGUCUGGCUACUGUGGAGAUCAACAGGAAAAAACUUACUCAAACACACCAUCUAGAGUCUAUUGCCGCUGAGCCAGAAAAGAAAGAAGCGAUGGCGGAAAAAUUCAACAAAAGCAUCGCAGAGCUUCAUGCCCAAUCGGAUCAGCAUCACCGAAAGCAUGAGCAGCAAAUGCUUAAGUUGCAUUCCCAACUGUUUAAUUUCUUGGUGUUUCUGGGCAUGGAUAGAUGCUACAGAAAGUACUACGUUUUGGAGUCGAUGCCAGGGAUCUUCAUCGAGCAUUCGCCGGACAGCCUGGACACUUGCAUGGAGCAACCACCAGCAAACAAGUCGCAACUAGAGAUUCGCCAACAAGCAACGUUGCCGAAAAAUCGCAAGGACCUGAGAAUAUAUCUUCUUAAACUCUACGGGGACGGUGACACGAAGACCAAAAGAAAGGCAAAGCAAUCGCAAGAGAACAAGGAAAACCAGGAGCAUCGCCUCAAUGGCAGUGCUGAACCCAUGGAACUGGACUCGGACUCCCCGGAGGCUCCCACCCAGUUUGAGUUGAUGAUGUGUAGCGGCGACAAGAAGAAUUGCAUUGUGCACGAUCCCAAAAACGGGCAUAGGCAAAUCUGGUCAUACAUCUAUAAACCGGAGGAAAUCGAUGAGCUAAUAAGGUCACUAAAUCCCAAUGGUCUGCGAGAAUCCGAGCUACUCCAAGAACUUACCGUUCUGCGAUCCCUCAUUGAACAGCAUGUGAAAACAUGCCCUGUCGAACUUCUUACCUUGGAGAACGAGGCGAUGCGCAAAAAGUUCUUGGCAACGAUGGCAUCUGAAACGAACCGUAAGUACGGAGAAGCAAACUUUGGACUGCCAAAUGGAACCGAUUUGAGCGAAGUGAUGCGCCUGCAUCUGGUGGAUCGUCUGGUCCAGUUCGAAAGUGAUAUUUACACGGGCGAUCUUGGGCGCCUAAAGGUUAAGGACAUGGAAAAGUGGCGAAAGGAUUUGAUUGGGGGCAACUAUGAUCCGCAGUGCAAGCUGCAGUGGGGUCCGGGUGGAAAACUUGAAGAUGAGGCUGCCAACAGUUCUGACAACGACUCCCAUGACACUCAUGAGGGCGAUGACGGCGCCCUCCUGGGUAAAUUUGCCAGAAUGCCGUACCGUGAUCCUGGCCUGUAUUUGGCUGCUUCUGCGGACACAGAGUCUCCACCAGACAGCGACGAUGAGAACGGUCUGCCUGCUAAUGCCGUUUCCAUUCCGAUGGAAGUACAUAACAUGGCCUCGGCCCUUCUCCAAGUGGAGCAGGCCAUCGGGAAACGCUUCCUUAAGGAGCCCUACGGCAUGAAGAAGUGGGAUCCGAAGCAGGAGGCCCAGAGACUCGCCUGCGAAUCGCGUCUGCAUCAGUGGGAGGUGUCGCUUAUGGAGAGCACCAGCUUUGCGCAGGUGUUCCUUCACCUGAACAUCCUGCACGACUGUGUCCAGUGGAGGCGGUCCACCAACAAGUCCUUGUGCAAGGUCUGCCGUCGUGGCAGCGACCCGGAGAAGAUGCUGCUGUGCGACGAGUGCAACGCCGGCACCCACAUGUUCUGCCUGAAGCCCAAGUUGCGUUCCGUUCCUCAGGGGAACUGGUACUGCAAUGACUGCGUCAAGAGUCUGGGUCUUAAUAAUGGCCAAAACGACAAGGAUAAAAAGCAGGCGGCAAAGAAGAAGCGCAAGUUUAUUGUUGAAGAAGAGGUGGACGAGCCUACCGAUGAAAAAGAUGAAGACGAAGAUGAGGAGGAGGAGGAGGAGGGGGAUGGCGAUGGCGAUGGCGAUGGCGAGGAGGAGGAAGAGGACGAAGAAGACGAUAACACAGAUGAGGAUAAUGAUGAGGAAGUCGCGGACGACAAAAGUAUGACCUCCACGCGCUCCUCUGAGAAGCUCAACGGGCGACCGAGGAGGCAGUCCCGAACAGGGCGUACCAAAGAGGUUGAGACGGUCACCGAGGAAGAGAGUGAAAGCGUUGAAGCCAGCGAUGACUCAUCACUGACAGCCGAUGAAGAGACAGCCGAAGAGUCCGACGAGGAGAAGGUAUGUCAAAAGUGUUUCUACGACGGCGGCGAGAUCAGAUGUGUGCAGUGCAGAUUGUUCUUCCACCUGGAGUGCGUCCACCUCAAGCGACCGCCGCGCACUGAGUACACGUGCAAAAUGUGCAAACCAAUGCCGAAACCCAGGCGCCGUCACAGUAACAUGAAUGGUGACGAUGACGACGACGAGGAUGAGCCGCAAGCCAAGCGCUCUCGCUCCUCGCGCAGCUCGGUGCGCUUGUCUGUCGACAAAUCCGCACGCCAAAGCAACGGUAACAACAACAAUAAUAACAACAGCGCCAACAACAAUAACCACCGGCGGAGCGGCCGCAGAACAAACGAUAACCUGCCGCUUAACAGCGCCGCCUUGUACGAUUUGCUGGAGCAAAUUAUGAAGCACAAGGCCGCGUGGCCGUUUCUCCGUCCCGUACUGACGUCGGAGGUGCCGGAUUACCAUCAGAUCAUCAAGACGCCAAUGGAUCUAGCUAGGAUUAAGUCCAAGCUAAACAUGGGCGCCUACCAGCUAAACGAGGAGCUCCUGAGUGACAUCCAGUUGGUGUUCAGAAACUGCGAUUUGUACAACGUAGAGGGCAACGAGAUAUACGACGCUGGCUGCCAACUGGAGCGAUUCGUGAUCGAGCGCUGCAAGAACAUGCAGUUGCCGUUUCGACCAAGCGACAUGAACGGAGAAAUCGAAACCUGCUGAGCCGAAUGCUGAUCUCCGCUUGCUAUCGUGUAAAUUUCUACCUUCUCUAGAGUUAAGCGCAACCAUUCGCAGUCUUAAGUAGACUUAAAGAUGUUCCCUAUGUUUAAUCUUAGCAUUUAUAUGCAUACCAGUUCAAAGUUCAGCACACGCACAAGCAAAAAAAAAUCUUAUCUGUUGGUUCAUAAGACAUUAUGUAUUUUUAAAUUAUUGUAGCCAUUACGAAAAAUUUACAAACAAUAAAUGAAAUAAGAGAAAUUUAACAACUUAA